AUGCCGAGCCCAGCGGUAAUCCUCGUGGCCUACGAGAAGAACCCAGGAAUCCGGAGAUUUGUCAACCAGAUGGCAUGCCUCUGUACCAGCCCAACCUUUAUUCCAGCUCUGAACAAGCAUAUCUCCAAACCCACCUCGGAGAUCGAAGGCAAUAAAAUAUGCCCAGAGGCGUUUGUCCUGUCACAUGCCAUCCAAAUCAUGCUUUUUGCCCCUCAGAAGUGGGAUUCAAAACGUGAAUACUCCAGGGAUCAUAAAUAUGCCCAUCGUUUUCCUUUCUGCAGCACCCUUGGUUUCGGUGUUGACCUGGACGGCGAUAUUCGUACUAGGCUCUCCGUGAAGGACAUGCGUCGAGCAAUUCUCCUGUUUUGCUAUCUGGUCAAGCGACGAGAUGGAAGUUCGGCUUGGAUUGUCAACCCUACAAGCAUCUCAGACCCCGAGGGUUCCAGUCACGUACAAAAUAACGACGAUUUAGCACCCGCUAAAGCGCUUGAUACUAUCGACAUCAACACCCUUCUGUUAGAGUCUCUCACGACUACACGCCCAGGAAGAGCCGUUUCCCGACGCAUCAGGGAUUCGCAUCAGUCCGAAAUGUCUCCUCUUGAUUUGAGGAACUUACGAAAAAAGGUUGGCUACUUUAUGGGAGAGCAUAACCAGCCAGAUUUUGGUGCGCUUCUCACUCGCUCUCGCCAGACUGAGACCCAAAUCACUUUUCAGCUUAGAAGACCAGGCAUGACGCUUUUCAUCCAACCUGAGGUUAAUGCAUCAGCCAAGCCCCAAGACAUCCAGAAUUCACCCACAAUCGUCUUGGAGGAAUGUAAAUUUCGCGACGGAAGCGACCUCGACGUCGAACUGAGGGAUGCAGACAAAAGCUCAAAGGCAUCAGAGAAGAUCCGUGGUCGAGCUGACGAUGACUUUGACGAGCACCGGAAGGGUAACUUGCGGUGCUUCGACUUGCGUAACUUGAAGUUCCUCAACUCUGAUCAACCUUGCUACUCAGCAACUCUCGAUGCGGCAAAAAUGGUGGUUGAGGCUCUCAAAGACACGAGAGCCAGACCUUUACCCGUCGCAAGCCACCAGAGCGAGGCUAUGGCUGAUGUUGUUGGUACAUAUGACAUGGUUCGCGGGGAUGGGAGCUGUGGCCUUAAGCUGCUCCACGACCAAACCAAUACUGGGCCUUCUAUGGUACCGCCCAGUACUCGGCUUGACUAUGUUCACCUGGUUUGCUCCUACAGUCCGAUCAUGACCCGGGCGCUAGAUUUGGCGAUCAAGUACUGCAAAGACAAUAAGGAGCGUCUUCUUGUGUAUGUCGAAGACCCAUGGAUUCAGUGCAUUCUUGUUGGCCUGUUCGUCACUGCUGGAUUCGAUGUCUGUACUGUCCGCCCUUCGGAUGGGACAGUUGAGACUGAUCGUAUCAUUCGAGAAUGGAACAACCCUCGGUCCGGCCUGGAGAUCUUUGUCGCCAACAUCUACACCAAGGUAAUGGAUGUGGACAUGCAAAAGUGCUGCUCCAAAGCUCUGGUCUUGGAUUGGCCUCUUGAACCACAGCGCCUUCUUCGGACUACAAACCACAUGGUCAAGAACACACUGAACGGCAGAGAACCAGCAAUUAUUCACAUGCUCAAACUUUGCUGGAGCUAUCAAGAUGAAGUCGAGAGGAUUUGCUGUACCAAGUGGGCAAUACAGCUAUCGAACGACAUCAACCUGCCCGAAUGGAUGACAGGUGCAGUCCGUGAGGUAUGCAUCUUUGAGAUGAUCAAAACUGCAUGGCAUCAGGGAUUCAACCGUUAUGCUUGGGUAAUCAUGCAUGACAACAGAUACCUAGAUGAUGAACUUUACCAUAUGUCACAUCACGAUGGUAUCACCGGUCGCCUCGGUCAUGUCUUCUCCAUCGCCGCCAAGCUGAUACUCAACUUCCCCGAGGACAGAAAUUUCUGGGCUGAUAACGAAGAGACUUUUGUCGCAGGGUGCUAUCGCUUUCUAAAUGUGAUUGGUGAUAGGCUUGACGAAAAACUGAGCUACACGCCAGACAGGUUGAGGGAAAACUGUCUCUUGGCAUUCGAGCACGCGACGGACUUCAUACACCAACAAUUGAAACAUGGGUGUAUAUAUAUUCAUCACUAUCACGAGUGGAACGAGCAGUUGCGUCUUGGUAUCGAGGCCAGAGCUCGGGGCGAGGUAAGCGCUUGGUCUGAUGAAGUGGAGAGUCUCGAGGAACAGGACCCUAACGUUGAUGCUGAGGCGGCUGGAGAUCAGGAGGCAGAGUAG